CGUAAAAGCCCGCCUUCCCGACAAAUAAAGGUCGCAGGCGCCCAGCGGGCGGAGCUAAGUUCCUCGUGGUUCGUGGUGUUCGGGGGCACCGGAAGUGGGACCCCACGUUGCAAGAAGAUGACCCGAAGUUGCUCCGCUGUGGGUUGCAGCACCAAGGACACCCUGGAGAGCCGCAAGCAGGGCUACUCUUUCCAUCAAUUUCCAACUGAUACCAUACUGCGCUCAAAAUGGAUCAGGGCUGUUAAUCGUGUGGACCCCAUAAGCAAAAAGAUUUGGAUCCCAGGACCAAGUGCUAUGCUAUGUUCCAAACAUUUUCUGGAAAGUGACUUUGAGUCAUAUGGCUUAAGAAGAAUGCUGAAAAAAGGAGCUGUGCCUUCUGUUUCUCUAUACAAGGUUCUUCAAGGUGUACAUAAUAACGGUAAAGCAAGACAGAAAAUCCUAAAAGAGCCACUUCCUGAUGAUUCUGAAGAGGUUGCUACUGAGGACCAUAACUACAGUUUGAAGAGACCUUUGACAGUAGCAGAGAAACUGGCUGAAGUGCAACAGAUGCUACCAUUGUCCAAAAAAAGACUUGUUCCUGUCAAAAACUACAGGAUGACCAAGAAGAGAGAGGGUUUACGAUUAAUUGACGCACUGGUAGAAGAGAGACUGCUUUCUGAAGAAACAGAAUGUCUGCUACGAGCACAGUUUUCAGAUUUUAAAUGGGAAUUGUACAACUGGAGUGAAACAUCUGAGUACUCCACAGAAAUGAAGCAGUUUGCAUGUACACUCUAUUUGUGCAGUAGCAAAGUCUAUGAUUAUGUAAAAAAGAUUCUUAAACUGCCUCAUUCUUCCAUCCUGAGAACAUGGUUAUCCAAAUGCAAACCCAGUCCAGGUUUCAACAGCAACGUUUUUUCUUUUCUUCAACAAAGAGUAGAGAAUGGGGACCAGCUAUAUCAGUAUUGUUCACUGAUAAUAAAAGGUGUACCUCUCAAGCAACAGGUUCAGUGGGAUCCCAGCAGUCAACAUUUGCAAGGGUUUAUGGACUUUGGUCUUGGAAAACUUGAUGCUGAUGAAAUGCCACUUGCCUCAGAAACUAUUUUGUUGAUGGCAGUGGGUAUUUGUGGUCAUUGGAAAACACCUCUUGGUUAUUUUUUUGUAAACAGAGCGUCUGGAUAUUUGCAAGCUCAGCUGCUUCGUCUUACUAUUGGCAAACUGAGUGACAUAGGGAUCACAGUUGUGGCUGUUACAUCUGAUGUUACAGCUCAGAGUAUUCAGAUGGCAAAAGCAUUGGGGAUACAUCUUGAUGGAGACAACAUGAAGUACACAUUCCAGCAUCCUUCAUCUUCUAGUCAACAGAUUGCAUACUUCUUUGAUUCUUGCCACUUGCUUAGAUUAAUAAGAAAUUCAUUUCAGAGUUUUCAAAGCAUUCAGUUCAGUAAUGGCACAGCACAUUGGCAGCACCUUGUGGAGUUAGUAGCACUAGAGGAGCAGGAAUUAUCAAACAUGGAAAGAAUCCCAAGAAAACUUGGAAAUUUGAAAAACCAUGUACUAAAAGUGAAUUCAGCUGCCCAACUCUUCACUGAGAGUGUGGCCAGUGCGUUAGAAUGUUUGCUGUCAUUAGGCCUGCCACCUUUUCAAAACUGUAUUGGUACCAUUCACUUUGUACGCUUAAUUAAUAAUCUCUUUGACAUUUUUAAUAGUAGGAACUAUUAUGGAAAGGGAUUUAAAGGGCCUCUAAUGCUUGCAACUUUUAAUAAAAUUAAUCAGGUAUUAACUGAAGCCAAGACGAUUUUUGUUACAUUAUCUGAUACUAGCAAUAAUGAAAUAAUUAAAGGUAAGCGAAAACUAGGAUUCCUGGGAUUUUUGCUUAAUGCUGAGAGCUUAAAAUGGCUCUAUCAAAAUUAUGUUUUCCCAAAGGUAAGGCCUUUUCCAUAUCUUCUUACUUACAAAUUCAGUCAAGACCAUCUGGAAUUAUUUCUAAAAAUGCUUAGAAAAAUACUAGCAACCAGUUCUAACCCUACCUGCAUGGCAUUCAAGAAAGCUUACCAUAAUUUGGAGACCAGAUACAGAUUACAAGAUGAAGUUUUUCUAAGUGACCUGAGCAUCCUCGACAUCUCAAUUGCUCGAAGGACAGAUUUAAACCUUUGGACAGUUCAACGCCAAUAUGGUGUCAACAUUAUAAAGACUCUUUUUCACAACAAGGAUAUUUGCCAAGACUGGUCUAAUUGUUCAGUAAGUGAGGCAUUACUAGAUCUAUCAGAUUAUAGGCGAAAUCUCACCUUUUGUGCUGUUUAUAUUGCAGAUACAUUAUCAACUCUUUUAACUUGUGAGGACUGCAUCAGUGCACUGUAUGCAUCGGAUCUCAAAACCUCUAAAAUUGGGUCACUGUUGUGUGUUAAAAAGAAGAAUGGUUUGCAUAUCCCUUCAGAAAGUUUAUGUCGAGUCAUAAACAUUUGUGAGCAGGUGGUAAGAACCCAUUCAAGAAUGGCAGUUUAUGAACAACUUCCUAAACAGAGGGAAUUAUAUCUUCAACAGGAAAUAUUAUGUGAGCUUUCUGGACAUAGUUAUCUUUUUGUAGAUUUAGAUGAGCAUCUCUUUGAUGGAGAAGUGUGUGCCACCAAUCACUUUGUAAAGUUACUAAAGGAUAUAAUAAUCUGCUUCUUAAAGUUGAGAGCUAAAGAUAAAGCUCAUUAACACCAGUCAGAAAGACUUGAAUUGAAAAUGUCAAGGAAACACUGGUCAUCUUUAGAGGAUUGCAAAUGUCUAAGUUUUACAAAUACCAAUAAAUUCAGGCAUCUGCUAAGUAACCAUGGAUAUCCAAAUGAGAGACCCAAAAUAUAUUUAAAUUUAUAUUAAGAAUGGUUGGUCAACAUUUAUUUUCAAGUUCAACCUAUCAUAUUUUCUAAAUUGACCAUUCUGCACAGUGGACAGGUUUGUAUUACAAUUCACAAUUUGCAUAUUUUAUAAAAUCUGCUUGAACUUUGGUAUGGAUUGUGGCAUUUCAAAGUUAUCAUCCUUACAAAGCAGUAAACAGACUACACAAGAAGUACUGGCUUUGAAUUUAGUACCGUUAAGACUGGAUAAUGUGACUGGACAUCAUUUUAACUUAUUCAGUCUACUUUAAAAACGAGAAAAUAACAACAAGGAGUCACCAACACAUUGACUCCUUUUACAAAUAGACUACAUUCCUUAAAAGAGCUUUGGUUGACAGAAUACCUUGAAUAUAAUUUUAUUUACAUAUGAAAAUUAAUGUAUGGUUUUAGAUUGAGGCUAAAUUAAAAUAUCAGAUACAACAAAGUCCCUUUGCCAGGGUAUCCUAAAAUAAAAAUACUUAUGCUUUAUCAGGUGGACAGUAAGCACCUGAGCCAUGAAGCGGUUCCUUGUGCUGCAGUGAAGCUGGGAAUUACAGUUUUAGGGACGUACACAGGUGAUGUAAUUUUCACAAUUCAUUGUCUCUGGACUUUGAAAUAGUACUUUGAAUAAUAGAGUGGAUAAUUACUUGACUCCUAUUGAAAGAGCCCAAUGCUCUUCAGCAAAUGAGGAGAAGCCUUUAUGAAAUCUACUUGUAUUUAUGGGGAGGCUAAAAUAAUAAAACAUUUCAGUGUUGAAUGAAUAAUGGAAUUUUAUAGCAUGUGAGUAAUAAUUUGGAAGAAGAUGGUCAAUUGAGAUAAUAGGUAUGAAAAAGAUUGUCUUAAGUUUUACAGAAAUUUAGGAGUAACGUAAAUACUGUCAAAGAUGGAAAUAUAAUGCCAAUUUUCUCACACCCAGAGUUGAAAAGAUAACUAGGAAAACAUGUAGGUAUAUGUACUUUCAUAAAUGGGAAUAUUUUAAUGGAUAAAAGAAGCAAGCACAUAUACCUGUGUAUGUAAAAUAUCCUGUUAUUGAGCGAAUGUUCAAAAAGUACAGUUAAUAAGAAAACUAAAAAUUGCAAAAGAUUGAUUACUGGAUAAAAGUUGAGUUUUAUUGAGAUGUACCCUAAGUAGUAUAUUUUGAUAUUUUUCUAUAUUCUACCUCAAACAAAGGUUUAAGUUUUGAAAUGUAAUCAGAGUUGCACUGCAAUUUAUUUAAAGAACUAUUGCUGAGAAGUCUGAACAUUGUGGUGUUUGUUUGCCAUAGAAUUAGUUUAGAUUCACCAAGAUAAACCUUAUUUAAAGGAAACCUAUUUGUAAGUCACCAACUUUAUAAAUCUAAGUUUUCUAUCUGAUCUUUUAUUAAAAACUAGUUCAUAUCUGUA